UUUCGAUCGGCAACCUCGUCGCACUGUUCCGCCGCCGUAGCCGCAGCGCAUAAUCACACUACUAAUAAUAAUAAUAUUAUCACAACAACAACAACAACAACAACAACUAUAACCGUGAUAUCGUCGUAAUAACGUCCACGUGACAACGACAGAAUCGGUACGAAACGCGUUAGUAAUAAUAAUAAAAACAUCAAACGUUUUUGUGACGUUGGAAGACCGACUGUAGUGUCGUUGACGGUACAAUCAUAAUAAUAAUAUUAUUAUCUAUUACCAUGGCCCGGUCGUGUAAUGUUGCAGUGCGUCGUGCGACGGUCGCACCGACUUCGCGGCCAUCCGACGCGUCGCAAUAACGACGACAACAACGACAACCCGACGACUCCGACGCCGACGGUCCAUUGUUACGGUUGUGCCGAGCUAUUAAAGUGACGACAGUGACACUCCAUCGCCGCCGCCGGACGACGGACAGCCGACGCGACGAGUUUUAUGCGCGCCGCUGCGAGACCACGACUCGCCGCCGCAACGCAGACGCAGCGACGCUGUCGCCGCCGACGCCGCCGUCGCAUCUUCCUCGACCCGAAACCGUUGGCUGCACGCGCGCGCCAUGUACGUGUCGCUAUGCAGGGGAAUCCCGGAGAGUUCGUUCAGGAAACCGCCGAAGCCGCAACCCCAGCAGACACACCGGUUGAAUCUGACCGGAGGCGGCGGUCCCCCCCGGAGGAAGACGUCUGGUUACGCGCGGCCACAGUUCGCCGGUCCCAUGGAGUUGGAGACGUUGAUGGAGGAAGGGGCUUCGCCCGGCCCAGGUAGCCGAGAAGGCGACGCGCUGACGGCGGACGACGGCACUCGUGCAUCGCUCUCCAACGGGGACAAAGCUCCGCAUCGUCAUCGACAACAACAACAACAACAACCACCACCACAACAAGGACAAGAACAACUCAACUCGGCCGCCGCCAUGAAAUCCAAUGCCGAGCGUCCGAGCAGCUCGCUCAACCUUUACCUGGCUGCAUGCACGGUGAACAUGGGAGCGCUGGCUGCAGGCUGCGCACUCACGUGGUCGUCACCGACUCUGGUGAAGCUUCUAAACGGCGACAACGGCAUGACAAUCACAAAAGACGAAUCCUCCUGGGUGGGCUCGCUGGUGACGCUAGGCGCAGCCAUCGGACCAAUCCUUGCCGGAGUCCUGCUGGACCGGUUGGGUCGCAAGUCUACGAUUCUUUUGAGCAUGAUACUGUCGGCGAUCUCAUGGAUCAUCAUCGGCGUGGUCCCCGGCCUCAUUUCGCUGUACGUGGCUCGGGUGUUGGCGGGUAUCGCCGUCGGUGUCAUUUUUACCGCCGUGCCAAUGUACAUCGCAGAAAUAGCAGAGAUACGUUUGAGAUCGUCGUUGGGCACACUGAUGCAGUUCUUCUUGGUCGUCGGAUUCUUGCUCGAAUACAUUGUCGGGCCGUACACGUCUUACUUGACGUUGGUCAUCGUGUCCCUGGCGACACCCGUCCUGUGUUUCGGCAUGUUCGUUUGGAUGCCGGACUCUCCACAGUCGCUGUUAAUACGGCCCGGAGGAGAGCAAAAGGCCAUGGAAUCGUUGAGGUGGUUGCGUGGUAACCCACAAGAGACGGCUCUGAUCAAAGAGCUCGAAGAGAUCAAGAAAUCCGUUGACGAUGCGAAGAAAGAAAAAUCUAGUUUUGGUGAACUGUUCGCCAACAGGGGCAACAUCAAGGCGGUGAUCAUAUCCUGCGCCAUGGUAGCGUGGCAGCAGCUCAGCGGCAUCAAUGUGGUGCUGCUGUACAGCGAACAAAUUUUCUUGAAGACCGGCGUCGAACUGUCUGCCAGCGUGUCCACAAUUGCCGUCGGGACGGUGAUGUUGUUCGCUGCCGCUGUGACGCCAUCCUUGGCUAAGAUCACUACGAUGAGAACGUUGCUGUACAUUUCGGCUAUUGGAAUGGCUAUUACCGACGGAACGCUUGGCCUGUUUUUCUACUUACAAGAAUCAAAUCGUGAUGUGAGCUCUAUCGGAUGGUUACCGGUCACAAGUUUGGUGCUUUUCAUCAUCACUUAUUGUCUCGGUUUCGGUCCGCUGCCAUGGGCCAUUAUGGGAGAGAUAUUCCCAGCCAAUCUUAAGUCUGUGGCUUCAGCUUUAACCGCCAGUUUCUGCUGGUUUCUAGGCUUCAUAUUGACGAAGUUAUUUAGUGCGGUGUCUGAUGCCAUCGGCAUACAUUCUGUAUUUUGGAUAUUUUCCGUGUGCUGCAUAUUGGCGCUGUUGUUUACUAAGUUUUUGUUGCCACAAACCGAAGGCAAAACACUUCAAGAAAUCCAGGACAUACUGCACGGUAGAAAUAAGUCCUCGGACCACAAAAUGACCAGAGCAUGAUACAUGAUACAAUUUUGUACAAAAUUGACUGAUUAUUUUUCAUUUGAUUAAAACUUCUCUAAAUUGUCUACACUAUAUUUAUAUUUGUGAAAUAAAAUAUUUCAUAAAUAUAAAUAUAUGUGAAAGACAACAGCCAAUAUAUUAAUUAUCGUUAGUCUUAAAACCAGAUAUUAAGUACACAAUAUAUACGUUAAUACGAUUCAAAAAUCAAUGCUGUAAAUUUUGUACUCAAUAUUUUUAUUUUUUUUUAUAUUAUAUCAUGAAGACUUUAUUUAUACAUUAUUUGUUUAUUAUAAAAAUAUUAUUAAUAUUUAAAAGAAACUUAUCACACACCACUAAUUCCAUCAAACACGAACACUCGUGGUAGGUGCACUUUCAUCAUUAUAGUUUACGAUUUUAUGCGUAAAAUAAGUAUAUAUUUUGGCACACUAUUGAAUAACAUUAUAAAAUGUAUACCAA